GAUUAGAAUCCACUCCCCCAAAACCACCCUCCUUUCUUUCUCCUCACUCACCAAUGGCGUCGGAAACCCUCCUUCCGCCACCGACGACGACGGUCGCCGCCCUCACCGACGACACCCUACUCGACAUCCUCCGCCGCCUCGCCCCCGCCGACCUCCUCCGCGCCGCCCUCGUCUGCCACCGCUGGCGCCGCGCCGCCGCACGCUGCGUCAUGGCCGCGCCUCCCCCACUCCUCGGCUACUUCUUCCACCCCGCCGACACGCCCCUCACGGCGCACAUCGUCGCGCCCAUCGCCGCCCUCCACCCCGCCGCCUUCGUCCCCCUCGACUCCUCCUCCCCCUCCUCCCCGCGCCUCUCCCUCGACGGGACCAAGGGCUUCACCAUCUACGACGUCCACCUCGGCCUCGUGCUCCUCCUCCCGGCGUCGCUCCCCUCCGGUGUCCUCCCCCGCAUCCUCGUCCUCGACCCUGCCUCCCGCCGCCGCGCGCUGCUCCCGCAGCCCCCGCGCGACGCGCUGCCGGGCGACCGCUGGCGUGGCCUUCGGCACAUAAUCGGCGCCGCCGUGCUCUCGCGCUCCCACCCGAGCAGGCUCUGCUUCGACGCCGUCUGCCUCACCGUCGACGACGAGAACCCGCGCGCCUGGGUCGCCUCCUACCGCGACGGCGAGUGCAGCUGGAGGGCGCUCCCGCAGGACACCGGAGUCACGGUCGCGUUCGACCCCUUCUGGUUCGAGGGCCGCUGCGUGCACGCCGCGGGGGACAUCUACUGGCACAUCUGCAACUCCGGCCGCCUGCUCAAGCUCGACCCUACCACGCUCUCCUUCUCCUACCUGCUGGCGCCGUCCGAGCUGGGGGACAGGAACAAGAAGUUUCGAAUCGGGGAGGCGCCGGAGGACGGGAGGCUCGGCAUGGCGGCCAUGGAGGACCAGGAGAUGCAGUUCUGGGUGCGCGGGGAGGCAAGCGGGAGCGACAACGGCUGGUUCCUGCAGAAGAGGAUGAACAUGCGCAAGGUGUUCGACACCGUGCCCGGGCUGCCCAGGGACAAGUUGAGCCGGACCGUGUCCAUCUGGCUCAGCGACAUCGACGCGGGCCGCACAGGGAAGCUAUUCUUCGAAACAGAGGGGUAUGGGCGCUACUCCUUCCAUAUGGACACAGGCAAGCUGGAGCGCUUGGCCACUGAAGAUGGAAAGGAGUAUGGCCACCCCAUCUAUGCCUACUUCAUGGCCUGGCCUCCUGCCUUCCUAGCUCCAGAAAAAUCUGAAUUUCCGGGUGGUGACCACUGAGACUACGUUAUCAUCCAGCUCACUCCCUUCCAUUUCUGGAUCACCAAAAUUCCAUGCCUCGUUCACUCAUCAAUCUACUGAGCAUAGUGGGAAGUUAUGAGUAGUUUUGUUGUUCUGCAUGAGACUAUCUAAUUCCUAUCAGUUCUGUUGCAGUCAUUCAAGCAUACUUUUAACUAGAUUAAGAAAGUGGGAUGACAUUGCACAUUGUGCUGGGUAAGUUUGGCAAAUUGUGGUUUGAAAUCUGAUAUUAUUCUACCCUACCUUGAUUCGUAUAGUUUCA